CACAAAGUCCACCCUGCUCACGUGCGCAGACACACUUGCUGUUCAUAUAUCGAGUGGAGCAGAUCAGGAAUCUUUAUUCCUCUCCUUCGCUAAAGAAAAGCACCUGUGUGGAAAAGAAAAGGUGAUCUCAACAGGUUUUUUUAAUUUCCUUUUUUUGCAAAUGAAACUAUGGAAGCCAAGAGGUGGAGAUAGAGGAGACCAGAGAAUACUGGAUGGUUCAUAUUUGAGCUCUUGUUUUUUUCUGCUCUCUCCUCUCUUGGUGACAGGAACGACUCUGUGAUUUGGAUUUCCAAUAGGUCAAAGUUUCUAUUUUUGAGUGGUUUGUGUGAGUGAAGAGCACAGAAGCAGGAAAUAUGUCAAGCGGACGGUUCAUUCACCUGCUGAGGGGAGUCCUGGUGCUCCUGCCAGCUGUAAUUGUAGCUGGAACAAGGAGUAAACUUUGGGAGGUGCCCACUGGUCACUUCACAUCCUCUUCCAAUAAAACCGAGAGCCUGCAAUGGGAACACUGUCAGUACCGCCACCUAAAGGAGGGAGUAAGAAUCACAGCAGAUAUCCCCCCAAAAUUGGAUGGGACGUGGGUGUCAACAAGAUGUGAAGUUCGACCUGGUCCAGAGUUCCUGACCCGAUCCUACACCUUCCAUUCCAACCGUCACUUCCAGGCACUGCAGCACUACUACACUGAGAGCAGCUGUGAAGACCCAGCCUACUCCCUGAUGAUCAGAGGCAAGAUUCGUCUGCUCCAGGCCUCCUGGAUCACCCGUGGAGCCACCGAGGCAGAGCACCACCUCAGCAGGGUGGGGAUUGUGCUUCACAGCGUAGCAGCCAAGCAGAGGCUGGCCUCCAGACUGCCCCCAGCCUGUGUGAGCCUAAGCCUCAACGAAGCAGUGCCAGGAAAGCCGUAUGAGCUGUACAACACACGUGCAGGGAGAGCAUGCCUGGCAGCAAUGGGCUUCUCUGUGAUGGAGAUGGGGCUGGUACGUGUGGAGAUGCAGCACCACAGCCAUGGGGGAGAGGUCCAAGAGCUGUUUUUAGGGGAUAUUCACACAGACUGGGCCCAGAGGACUCAGCACAGACCCACAGGGUACCAGCAGCCAUUGCAGAACGCCAUGUAUCACGUCCAUCCCUGCCCUGUGUGUGCCCUGGUGUACCGGUCCUCAGAGCAGCGCCCCCCUGUGUUGCCUCGCGCUCCUGCAGUUCCUCUGUCUCUGGAGGGCCACUGGGUCAGCCAGCGCUGUGAAACCCGUCCCAAUGUACUCUUCCUCACCCGAGACUUCACCUUCAAUCCAGGCCAGCACGCCUGGAGGGGCAUCUACCGUCACUACUUGGACCCAGCCUGCUCACAGCCCACUUUUACCCUGACAGCUUUGGGGCACUAUGCUCAGGGAAACCCCUCCUCCAAACUCUCAGGAGCCUCUGAGUUUGUCUUCAAGGUAACACAGGUGAAAGUCACAGCCAUGGAUGAGUCUACUGCUAAGCUGCUGAACAGCACAAGACCGGGAAAGUGUGGACGAACGGGAAACUGGAGGCAUGGGGUUGAACAGGAUUUGACUCCCACAAAUGGAUGUCCUAUGCUGGGCAUCAGGCUGCCCCAUAAGGAAUAUGAGCUCUUCAAGAUGGAGCUCGACCAUAGAAAACACCCACUGCUAUUCACUGGAGAGAGACCAACUGAUGGGUCCAGUCCUGAUCGACCACUGAGGCGGCCCACCUCCUUUCAGUUUCCCAUGGUGCUUUGCAAUGGGGGAGAGAUGCAUCCCUCCUUCUCAACUUUUAAUAGCAAGCAAGUACAAUUAGCCAGUGGGACAGCUGGUCUGGAAAAGUUGGUGUUGCUGGUGUUUGGAUCUGCACUGUGCAGCUGGCUUGAUGUUUAUUAGACACGUUCUCACAAAUUAAACCUGGUUCUCAGCUCAAGCCUGUGAAGGAUGUUGUUUGGCAGCUCAAAUGAUCUCUUCCUUUAAAGAGUAGAACUGAGAAAAAAUCAGGAGACAUUUAAAUGAGCUGAAUGAUUUUACACAUCUGGAACUCAGAUGCCACCUCAUGGGGAAAAGACUCACCUGUUAAACAAGAAACUAAUCUGGAAAGGACUGAAAUAAGAUGGAAAGUUAGCAGUGACAAUAUUUAUCUAAAAGUGCCACAAUCCAGGAAAUAAUUGAAUUACUAAAUAAUUAGUUAGACAAUACUGAAUAGAAUUGGUAAUAAUUACAUUAAGUAUAAAAAGGUUCCAAGUAAUACAUUAAUAUGUCAUUAAAUACACAAAUAAUUUAAAUACAUGAAAAAUAGUCAGAAAGGAAAAUUAUAACUUUUUUCUGAAUUCAUAUUCUAGAGUGCAUCACAAAAUUUUUGUAUCACUGGCUCAACGAGCCCCAACAUUUCACUGGUUUUCCUGCACAGACAGAAAUGAAUUGGUGUAGAGCCACUAAAGCAAUUUAUUAGGUGGCAGUACUUUACUUGUGGUGGUUUUGAGACAUUAUUAGGUUGCCGACAAAAUCUCAGGUGCUGCAUUUAUGUUUUGCUGAGUCUGAAAUGUCUCUUACCAAAGAGUCAUCUCCAGUAAUCUUUAACAGAUUAUUAUUAAACCUGCCCCUUUGUUCUCCUGGACACCCACAAAUAAUUGUGUUUCAGGUCCAACAGAUUUAUAACUUUAUAAGCCACUGAUCUAUUUAAUUGUGUAUUUAAUAAAUUAUUUGUGUAUGUAUUUCAGGUUUUAAAUAUUUAAUCACACAUUUAGGGAUUAAAUCUGACAAAGUUAAUGAUGGAGUAUGGCACUUUUGGAACUCCGUAUAUAUUAGCUUUGGUUUGUAUUGUGCAGAUGAUUUCCUCAAAUGGUUCAAUUGCAUUUUUGAAAAUCUAAGAAUUGUUGAGAUAUAAUUACUAAAAGAAAUACUAAUGCUGACAUGAGUCAAAACCACAAUGUAAUUUAACACAUGCAUAUCGACUUAAAUCACAUUGGCUUAACCAUAAACAGCAUAACUAAGUCACUUUGUACAAAACAUUUUUCAGUAGCUAGAUGAUAGAAAGCUUGCAAACAGCAGCCACCAUCACUAAUCCACAGCCACUGUGGUGUCAAAUGUUGUGAUAUCUUGAUGCUCUUGAAAAACUUGUGCGAUAAUCUGAUUCUACCAGCAAAGUAAUCUUAUCAAAUGAGUAUUUAUUUUUUACAACUUAUAUUGUAUAUUUACACACAAAAAGGGUUAUUUUUGUGUAAAAUGUUAUCUUUGUAAUUUUAUAUUUUCUAUGUUAAUUAAAAAAGGACUUUUAACAACA